AUGUGGGGAUACCUUUUUGCUGGCGUCCUGCUAGCUACAGUCAACGCUCAAAAUACAGAGAGCAGCGGAGAUUUCUCCCCAGUAGUGACAGCGACAUGUAAGAGCGGAGUUAUGUCCAUAAGAAUCAACUUCAGUCAACCGUUCCAUGGCGUGACACAUGCGCGGGAGCAUAGGAGUCCAGCUUGCAUGGCUAUGGGGAAUGGAAGCGAAUCACUUGGUUUCGACAUCAACCUCAACGCCGUUAAAGGUUCGGCAGAUUAUUGUGGAGUUUACUGGAAUAACCGCACCGAUGAACGAUCAUUACCGCUGGCUGUGCGUGUGCACAGAACCCUGGAACUCGCCGACGACAAGUUCUAUGUCAUCACGUGCGGCAAGGCCGGCUUCAGAAAUGCAAGAAACGAGACGUCAUUAGUAUCAUUACGGCUUUUGAAUUCUGAAGGCAGGAAAGUGUUAAAUGCAGGCUUCGGAAUGCCUUAUGUGCUUCGGGCUGAGAUGAGCAAACCUGAUGGCACACAUGGGAUCCGUAUGCGGAAUUGCUUCGCUUUCAAUAUGCGCAACACUAGCGUAGAACUUCUGGACAAAAGAGGCUGUCCCGUCAAACAACAGACCCUCGUGGUUAGAUCUGCAACGAAUAGUGCUGAAAUAGCUAUAGCAGAAAUGUUUAGAUUUUCAGACUCAACACAGAUAAACCUGCAGUGUGAUAUUGGAAUUUGUAAAGUAUCGUGUGCAGCCAUAGACUGCUCUGUAGAAGGUUCCGAACCGAACGAUGAAGAAGGCACUGUUACUGCAUCUACUGGAGUUUUUGUACUGGAUCCUAACGACAGUGCAAUUGCAGCAUUAGCUUGCGUCGACGAAGGAGUACAUCCUCUUUGGCUUCUAUAUCUGGCGAUAGCCCUCGGAGUCAUGUUCUUGGUUAUGCUACUCAUCAACUGCUUCCUCUGCACAGCUAUGACGUGCUCGUGCGCAAGAACUGAUGUAAUAGAAAAGGACCCGUCAGUUGUAGAAGACUAUGAUCCUUACCGCAGCUGGCAUGGAAGCCAAUAUGGGACUCGUUAUCCAUCAUCCACCAUACACUCGACGAGAUCGGUAUCUGAUAACAGCGAUCACUACGCAAUAGUACAAUCCAGACCAGGAAGCCGACACUCCGGAAUGCACCGCAGUAGACACUGA